AUGAUACACGAGGAAAAAGUACUAGACGAAAACCAGUGGAAAAUAGAAGCCCAAGCGAUAAUAAACGACGUCAAAAAUCACGUCCAGGACAUAAGUAUAUCGCAGAAACUCCAGAGUACGAACAGUAAAAUUUACCUCAACCUCACAACCCUCGAGAGUGAUAAAUAUUGUGUUAAAGUGUCAUCAGCUGGAUUUGCAGUAGCUAGUGAUCACCACGACACCAUAACCAAUUCUCAAACUGAAGCCCAAGUAUUUGAGACACCCUACGGACUUUUGGACUCCAUAAGCCCGAAAUAUCGAGAGUCAUUUGGGAAUGAUUUAAUAAACAAAUUAAAUAAUCUGAGUAACUAG